CAUUAUUCUUGUUAGGAUGGUCGAUUGAGACCUGGUGACCAGCUUGUAUCUGUUAAUGGGGAAUCAUUGAUUGGAAUCACCUAUGAAGAGGCAAGAAAUCUAAUCAACCAAACACAGCCGAGAUCAAAUACUUCUUGGGAGAUAACUUUCAUUCGACAUGAUUCUGAUCUUGAUGAAGUGGAAAAUAUGCAUCCAUUCUCCAAUCUGCUAAGUUCAGAGAGAUGUGAACUACAGAAUGAUCUACCCAGUCCAACAUUGUCUUAUAAAGAAAAUGUUGCUGCCGAAAAAUCUGUCCUUGAUAUGAUGAAAACUGGAUUCAAGAAAGGAGAACAAUUUUCUGCAUUUUCUACAGACAACAGUUCCAUUGAUGUAUCAGCUGGGGCUGUUAUCCCCUCCUGGAGAAUUGAUUACGGACCACAAAAGAAGAUUUCCCUCAAUCCCUCAGUACGCCUCAAAGCAGAUAAACUAGAAAUGGCUUUGAAGUAUCUUGGGAUUCAGCCAACAAAAGAAGAACAAGAAAUACUAAGGCAACAGCUACCAAGGGAUUCUGAAGGAACAGUCUGUUUUGGAGAUUUUAUUCAGGUGGCAAGAAAUUUAUUUUCUCAGCAGCUGGAUGAGACUGGUCAUAGCCCUGUACAUGAAAUUGCUAAAUUACUAGAUUCACAGCUUGUAUCUUGUAAUCAUUUGGAAACACAUGAAAUGGAACAACUUAGGAAAGAGAAAAAUGAAGCUUUGAAAGAACUAUGUCAAUUGAAGGAAGAAUUUGCAAAGUCAGAACGUGUGAGAAAACAACUAGCUGAAGAGCUGCAGAUUACCAAACAAGAAGCCAAGGCAUCUGUGGAGGAGGCGAGAACCUUGCGAAGCAGAAUCCAUCUCGCAGAAGCAGCUCAAAAGCAAGCUCGUGGAAUGGAACUGGACUAUGAGGAAGUAAUCAGUUUGCUGGAGAUAGAAAUCACCAGGCUGAAGGCUCAGCUUGCUGAUCACGGUGGCCAAAAUAAAGAGAGUGUGCAAGAUUUAAGAAAGAGGAUUACUGUGCUUGAUUGUCAAUUAAGAAAAUCUGAAACAGCCAAGAAGACCUUUGAGGUGGCAACUGAAAAGUUGCUAGAAUUUGUUGAGACUGUACCUGAAAUGCUAUUACAUGGCAGUAGUCCUCCAGUCACUUUGAGUGACAGGAAAGCCACAAUCUCUUCAAAAAUGCUCCUUGCACAUCUGGGACGGAAUGGCCACACUCUUGCAGCAUCUCUUGCAACAGAAGCCAAAGAACUUGCUAGAUCCGUCCGGGCUAUUCUAGAAGCAGAUUGUCUGCCUUAUGGGUGGGAAAAGGCGUAUACAGCAGAUGGAAUCAAAUACUUCAUCAACCAUGUGACACAAACAACAUCCUGGAUCCAUCCUGUCACUAAUGUACUUGCCUUGUCAUGCUUGGAAGGGAACGACGAUGAUAAUUUCAGAGAACUUCCAGAUCCACAAAUCUGAGACCAUAGAUGAAAGACAACCUGCUUUCAACAGUUUAUUCAUCAACAGAAAUAAAUUAAAGCUUAGUUAUUGUUUCUGUAUAGCAGAUUUUCAGGAUAAACAAUUGCCCUCACAAGAUCAGUUUCAUAUUCCAAGAGCUUAAUUUUAAUAUUGUUUUAUGUCCUUCCCGUUACAAAUUCAUAUUCCUUGCAAAUCAACCAUGAAUAACUUCUUGCAUUCCUGAUAAUUACUGCUGGUAAAAGAUGGUAUCUGGCCCAAGAGCUGAAUUGUUUCCUAUUGUAUGUUAUUCAAUAGUGCUGAGUCCCUCAAGCUAGUUUGGGGGUUAUAGAAAGGUAACAAAAACAGGUGUUGAUUUUAGGGUUUUGUUUUGGUGACUUUGAGUCAACGUUGAUCGUUAUGACACUUUGGACAAGUCACUGAAGGGGGGGCGGGGGUUGCAAGAUUUUGGAAGUGGUUCACUCUUGCCUUCUUCCUAGGGCUGAGAGAGAAUGACCCAAAGUCACCUAGCUGGCAUUGUGCCUAAGGCAAGACUAAAAUUCACAGUCUCUAGAUUUCUAGCCUGGUGCCUUCACAACUUCAUUAGAUUGGCUCUCCAGUUAUUUACUUAGCGAUUGCAUUUUUACUGGAGGGGGUGGGGUUGUUGCUUAAAAAUGUACUUCCUAAGAUAUCUUUGAGGAAUUUCCAGUGGAAAUUCAACACUAUUUGUUCUCCUAGAUCUGGAAAUAUCACCCUAGCCAUUCUUUAUACCUGGUAGAGCAAGCUGUACCUCACCAAAGCUUAUGGCAUUUAAUAAAAUGUAUUAGUCAGCAAAGAUGCUACCAGACUCUUUCUGACACUUUGUCACCAUAGACUAGCAUGGCUGUCUUCUUAAUGUCUCUUCAAAAUUAAUGAUGGAUCUGUUGUGCAAUUCUUUAGUCCCAUACGUUUUCAAACAGUUAACAAUACAUAAGCAUAAGUAAUUAGCAGAGCAGUUUUAUCUUAUGCUCAGCCAUAGUAACAUUUCAGCAAUCUGGAGAUGUUUUUUUUUUUAAAAAAACCUAUUAAUAGCUCUUCAGAAGUAGGUUGCUAUGUCCAGUGUAUUUCUUUAUCCUAGCAUCAUAUUGCUGGUCAGAUAAGUUCCAGUCACUUCACAUUUUUUGCUGACGUGUCAUGAAAGCUGAUUAUUUUCUGUUUAAAAGCAAAAUAUUUUCCAGCCUUGACUUAUUUACUUUUAUAAGUUACAACAUGUAUUUCAUUAUAUGUUGUAGUGCAAAUGGAAUAUGUAGUCUUAAGAUAUAGUGCCUUAGCUGUUUGUAAGCAUUAGUAAUGUUCUUAAUAGUUUUUAUAACAAAAUUAGCCUAAUUUUUAACUUUUUUAUUUCCCAUAAGCCUUCCCAAUUUUUCACCUUUUCUCUUUGCACACAAUUAUAAUAGGCUAAUGUACUGUCAUUGCAUUCAAUCUUACAAUAAUAG